UAAUAACGAGUCUAGAUAUAAUUUUUUAAGGAUAAUGAACAGUCUUACGGGACAAAUAAAGCUUUUAUUAGAUUUAUAUUAUAUAAGAUAAUAUAUUCUUUUUGGACUCUUAGAAAGUCCUUGUCUAUGGUAACGACGAUAGAAAGUAUUCAGUAUCAGAACUAAAUUUUACAUGUCGUAUACUUUUAAAUUCCAUGAUGCAACACAGAGUGGCGUACAUGUUAGUGUCGACUUCUGUCGCGGUUACUGACUUGUGCUUUAUGAAAACUUACUGUGCAAAAAAUAGGCUGAGUGAUAUACUAAAGUAGAAGAAAAUAUUUAUGAGUGCGUGCAUUACUUAAAAUUGAUCUAUCUUCGCUAUGGGCUUGAUAUCAGAGCCAUUAUUAUUUGCCAUCGCUUUAAUUAAUACUGGAUCUGUGCUCUUUCUUUUAGUCUAUUUUAUUAUAACAUUAUCAGAUCUGGAAUGCGACUACUUAAACGCUCAGCAAUGUUGUUCAAAAUUGAAUGCGUGGGUCGUUCCAAAGUUAGUAUCGCAUACAUUUUUGAUAUUUUUGUUAUUAAUACAUGGUCAAUUAAUACUAACUUUGACGAACUUGCCAAUGACUCUUUGGUUAUUCUAUGAGUUUUUUGGUAUCCCUAGUGGAAAUAUGGGUGUAUAUGAUCCUACAGAAAUACAUAAUCGUGGAGAAUUGAGAAGACACACUAGGAAUUGUUUGAUCUAUCUUGGAUAUUAUUUAAUCUUAUUUUUUAUUUAUCUUUAUUGUAUGAUCAUUGCGUUAUUGAAAGGAGAUCCAAUAAACAGAAAUGCAGAUGAUCUGGUAGACUUCUAAACCAAAUAAAUUAUUCUCAUAUCUGUUUUAUACUUGUGAGAUAGUGCUGUAUGUAUAGCAAUGAUUUUUUGCAAUACAUUAAUCUCAUAUAUAUUGUUUAGAAA